AUGUACCAGCCCUCGAUCUUGCCAAGCAACGCUCAGUUCAGCAGCGCAUCCGCUGCGAUUGAGCAGUUCCGCCUGCGCCAACGUCAACUCUGUCGUGGACAGCAACAGCAGAAGCAGAGCAACGCUGGAAGUCUGGAGGUCGAGAAUGGACGCACCCGCAAGAUUCCCGCCAAUUGGCGGCGCAAGCAGGAGCAAACAACACACUCUCGUUACGGCUACGAAGACGGCAACUGGCCCAAGGCGGCCGGCACCGAGAUGUACAUCGGCUUCAACGCCUUCGACUUUUCGUCCUGUCCUGAGGCGCUUUCCGAUAUGGAGCAGCAGCAGCCAACCUCUACCACUGUCGGUUUGAUGGGAGUUCAGGGUUUCCAGCAGCCCAGCAGCCUCACGCGACCGUCGUCAUUCGAUAUGCAAGCAACUCGGAGUGCCCCAGAACACUACGCCACCUACGACGAAAGACGACGUGCUCUGUACUAUCAGUCGCAGUAA